AUGGGGUCUUCAGAUUUAUACCCUUACGAUCCUAGUACGACAGGUGCUGUAAUUGCGAUGUUGCUGUUUGGGACAAGUUCAUGUGUUCAUCUUUGGCAAAUGAUUAAAACAAGAACGUGGUUUUUUACAGCUUUCCUCAUUGGUGCUUUCAGUGAGUACCUUCCUCUAUUUAAACUUGAAGAAAGCUCCCCAACCUUGGAAAAUGAAAGUCACUCAUAUGAAUUGAUACUAGUGAUGACAUUGGGUUACAUUUUCCGCUUACUCUCCGCAAAGAGUCCGGAUAGCCUUGUCCCUUACAUCUGCCAGUCCAUGUUCAUCAUCCUCCCACCAUCUCUUUACGCUGCGACAAUCUACAUGACUUACGGUCGAAUCGUCAACUUCGUUGGUCAACCUCAGCUAUCCAUCGUGAACCCCCGGAAAGUGACCAAGAUUUUUGUAUCUGGAGAUACAACUGCCUUCCUCCUACAGCUGGGUGGUGGUGGCAUGCAGACUAUCGAUACUAUGCGCAAUAUUGGACAAAAGGUCCUGGUUGUUGGACUGAUCGUUCAAUUGCUAUUUUUUGGAUUCUUCCUCUACGUCUCUGUCUCCUUCCAGCAUCGACUACGUAAUGCUCGUCUCAACGUUAUCGGUGGUCCAUGGCGUCGUCUCCUACAUGUCCUGUUCCUUGUAUCAGCCCUCGUAAUCGGACGGUGUGUGUUUCGGAUCAUUGAGUACGUCAGCGGAACUGAUUCAUAUGUGUACACUCAUGAGUUUUUCAUGUACAUUUUCGACAUGGUUCCGAUGUUUUUUGUUCAAGCAAUUUUCCAUUUUGUCCACCCGGGCAAAAUCCUUACGGGCAAAGGCCCUGUUGUUGAUCAAUAUGUGAACCUGCAGGAUGUGUGA